CGCGCGUCUGGCGCUCUCGGCGCAGCCGGGGAACUUUGGCGCGCACGCCCCCACCCGGGCUGCGCCGCCGACUCACCUGGCCCUCCGGCCGCUUCGGGGUGCUCGCUCUGCCUCCGCCCUCCGGACGACCCUGACCCCGCCGCGGGCAGCCGGGCGGCUCCGUCCCGCCGAGGGCACGUUCGCGGGGCGCUCCCACCCCUUUUCCCGUGCAGUGUCCUUUGGCUCUAAGGGAGUCUGGAGCCGGCGUGGGCGCCCCCGCCCCCCCGCCCCCACCUCCUCCUAGUACGGGGCUGCUUGGGGGUGGUCGGGGCCGGAGCGGUGAGGCUCGGGGCUCUCUCGCCCCCCACCCGAUUCACCUCUUUUAUUUUACGAUCAUUGUGAGGGUGCCGUCGCCCUCAGCCCCGCCGCCGCGCCGCAGCCGCCUGGCGCGCCGGGCAGUGCCUCACUCUGCUGCAGCAUCGGAAAGGCAACCAGGUCAAACUUUGCAGAAACUCAGCCCCUGCGCCGGCCUGGCCCCGGCGUUCGCCCGCAGCCGCCCGGGCCCGAGCGGCAGCGCACGCAGCGACGGCCGCCCGCUCGCCGGCCCCACUGGGAUGCAGGUCCGCAGGCGGCGGCGGGCGGGCGGGCCUCCGCCUCCUCCUCCCCGCCCGCCCAGCUCUUCCACCCUCGCUUCCCAACACACAGCCCUCCCUCCUCCUGUGCUGACCGGACACCUCCCCUGGGCUGUGCUCUUGGAUGACAUUGGGGAACAUACCACCAAGGCCAGGACAGAGGACAGGCAUGGUCCCCACAGCACUUACAUCCCAGUGGGCCAGAGAGAUGUCAAAGGAGAAGCUCAAGAAUGAUUAAUGAAGGGAGAAGGCCCUUGGAGCCGGGCUGGCACCGGACUUCUCGAGGUGAGCAAGUUCGCCAUGCCGGCUUCCCAGAGCCGGGCCCGGGCCCGGGACCGCAACAAUGUCCUCAACCGGGCCGAGUUCCUGUCCCUGAACCAGCCACCCAAGGGGGCCCCGGAGCCCCGCAGCUCAGGCAGGAAGGCCUCGGGCCCCUCUGCACAGCCCCCACCCCCUGGCGAAGGGGCCCGCGAGCGACGCCAGUCGCAGCAGCUGCCCGAGGAGGACUGCAUGCAGCUGAACCCCUCCUUCAAGGGCAUCGCCUUCAGCUCCUUGCUGGCCAUCGAUAUCUGCAUGUCCAAGCGGCUGGGCGUGUGCGCCGGCCAGGCCGCGUCCUGGGCCAGCGCCCGCUCCAUGGUCAAGCUCAUUGGCAUCACUGGCCACGGCAUCCCCUGGAUUGGGGGCACCAUCCUCUGCCUGGUGAAGAGCAGCACGCUGGCCGGCCAGGAGGUGCUCAUGAACCUGCUUCUGGCCCUGCUCCUGGAUAUCAUGACAGUGGCCGGAGUGCAGAAGCUCAUCAAGCGGCGCGGGCCAUACGAGACAAGCCCCAGCCUCCUGGACUACCUCACCAUGGAUGUCUACGCCUUCCCAGCCGGGCAUGCCAGCCGUGCAGCCAUGGUCUCCAAGUUCUUCCUCAGCCACCUGGUGCUGGCCGUGCCCCUGCGCAUCCUGCUGGUGCUCUGGGCCUUCUGUGUGGGCCUGUCGCGCGUAAUGAUCGGGCGCCACCACAUUACAGACGUCAUCUCAGGCUUCAUCAUCGGUUACUUACAGUUCCGCCUGGUGGAGCUGGUCUGGAUGUCCUCCAACACCUGCCAGAUGCUCAUCUCAGCCUGGUGAGCCGCCGCCCACCCGCCUGCCCAGGGCGCCACCUUCCCAAGCGGGCCCGGGCUGGAAGUGGCGGGAGAAGGCAGGGGUCGGUGGAGUCAGCCACCCCAACUCAGCUUUCUCAUCUUGGUUGGAGGCUGGUGGCUGAGGCCAGGCUGCACCUGAUGUGUUCGAAAGUGCCAGGUGUCAAAUGCUCCCUUGGCUGGAAGCUGCAUCUCCUCUCUAGGCAGGCCGGGGUCCAGCCAUGGCGACAACCCUGCUAAGCUUCUGCUCUGGAGAUAACAGACAAGAACCAAGAUGGUGGAGAUGGGCUGAGUCUUGUCUUAUCCUUUCAUCGUCAUAACUGUUAAGUUCUUGGCUAUGCCCAUCAUGCCACAGCACGAUGCCUGGCAAAAUACCCCAAACCCACCACCCAGCGCAGGUGCCCAAUUGCCACUAACAGUCAUCGAUAGCUUCGGGCAGCACUUUUCAAAGGGUGCUCCACAGGACACCAGCCUGCAAGAUGCUUGCAGGAUUUUGUGGUCAAAUAACUGUGGGAAAUGCUGCAUACUCUGUCCUCAUGUUGGAGAUUCACAAGGGCUGUUAUUGUCGUACAAGCUCUGUCAUGUCCUGUAGAAAACUUUCCUGUUGGACCUGUUUAACCCCUUGUUUCCUAACUUUAUUUGACCACAGAACCCUUUACUCAUGGAACAGCUAUCACCUCCCAAGAAACUACUGUUUCCUCAAAUGUGUUUUGGGAGAUGCUGCCCCGGGAGCCAAAGGACCUGAGGUACAAGCCGGCCACUUCCCGGGCCUCAGCCUCAGGGCCCGGGAGAGCAGGUGCCCCAUGCCAAAGCCCAUGGGAGGCUGCUAGCUUCACACAGCGCCGGCUGCAGCCCGGGGGCAUCAGUGCCGCUUUGGCCCCCAGGGGCCGGACUCCGUGUGACCUAAUAGGUCGUUUCCAAGUCAGCCGUUAUGGAUGUGCAUUUCAUGUGACAAUACAGAUGAUAUGCAAACAGACCCUCUGUGUGUGUGUGUGUGUGUGUGUGUGUUGUUUUUGCCCUUGUGUAAUGCAAUCAUUCUAGAUUCAGAGCUCCCUGGCAAGCGAAGUCUCUGUUAACAUGGGGAGGGGGACCCCUGAUUUCUUUGGCCCCAGUAGGCAGGGGGCACUGGGCACAGGCCGGCGUGCUCCUACACUUUCCCAGGCGGGUACCUUCUCCCUGAGGUCAGCGCCUCAUGCCCAGCACCCAGGCCUUGAACUGUUUGAGAAGACCCCUGUGCUGUUGACGGAGAUCUCCAGUGGGGACAAAAGACCCUCUCCCACUCCAGCCUCCAGCCCUCCUGCAGCCCCUCCCUCACUCCCCGAGGAACUGACAGUCGGGGGGGGGGUGGGGUUGUGAGGUGUGGACAAGUGACCAGACACGCGCAGUUGACCCUGGUGCGAGCUGCAGUGAGGGCCAGACAGGGCCAGAGGUCAGGCAGGUUAGGGAAAGGGUCCUGGAGAAGGGCACAUCUACGCCGAGGAGGAGGAAUGAGCAGAGCGAGCCAGGAAGGAGUGGGAGAGUGUCCUCAGCGGAGGACAGAGAGGGGCAGAGGCCAGGAGGCCACGGAACGCGGGCUGCCACGGGUCAGCAAGGGGGUCAGAGUGCACGGUGGGGCAGCGAGGACUGCUGUGGGUGGGUCAACUUUCCCAUUUGAUUUUAUCUUAUUUUAUUUGGCAGGUGAGGGGGUCGUUCUCCCAUCCCUGAUUGCCCGGUUUCCUCCCACUCUUUCCUUAUGGAUGUUUUAGAAAUUCUCUUUCUGAAAGGAUACACAAGAAACUGAAAACAGCAGUUACCUCUGGGGAGAACUGGGGAACAUUCCUACCUAGAGAUGAGAAAGUCGGGGCCCUACAAGGGGAGCUGAUUGUCCAGGGUUGCCAAGGCAGGAGGCAGGACGAAGGGGGUGGCCCAAGCCCACGCACUCCCCAGGAUCGCCGCUUCCCACGUGGACCUAAGCAGGGUGGCACAAGGGGUGCAGGGUUGAGCUUGGCAGAGCUGCCAGAUGAUGCAGACACGGGAU